AUGACAUCGAUACCCAUAUUCUCACGACAAAUCAUCAUAUCGAGCCAUAAUGAAGGCCCUGCGGUUAAUCUUGUAUCAUGGAUAGGGUUGAGUACAAUGAUACUGAGUGUUGGAGCGAGGCUUGGGAGUAAAUUUAUGGUUGUGAGGCGAUGGAGUACAGACGAUAGUUUGAUCAUAGUUGCGAUGUUCUUUGGGAUAUGUCAUAGUAUUCUUCUUUCAAUGAUGGUUAAUAAUGGACUUGGUCGGGAUCAAGAUACUCUCAACAGGAAGGAGCUGGAAAACUACCAAAAGUUCGUCCCCUUUAGGAUGUUCGUUGGAAAUUUUGUUCUUUACUCAAAGAUUUCUGAAUCUUUUCUGACUUCGAGACAGUAUGCUUACGCAUCCCAAUUGGUUUAUAUUCCGACUCUCUGCUUUGCGAAAUUAAGUACAUUGUUCUAUUUACGAGCCUUAACGCCGGACUCCAAUUACGCAAUAUUCAAUCGAAUUACCGAGAUAUGUGUGAUAUUAUGGGCUUUAAGCGCCGAGAUUUCUAUCGUGUUCCAGUGCGACAUGUCGAACCCUUGGGCCAUUCUUUCUACAGGCAAAUGUUUCAAUAUCGGCGCAUUCUGGAAAGCUAUUGGGGCCUUUGACAUAGCAACUGAUUGUGACAUCAUAUUGUUGCCGAUAUUUCUCGUUUGGGGGCUCCAGAUGCCGUUGAGGCGCAAAGCCCUUGUUUUCAUAGCAUUUGGGACUAGAAUAUUCAUUUUACCCUUAUCAAUAGUGCGACUCGUCGUGAUUUCUUCUUCGGGAUCUCCCACGCUUCCAAAUCAAACACUAAUUUCGUAUCACAAUUACCUCUGGACCUCUGUCCAACUAAACUCUGCAAUUUUCUUCGCAUGCUUGUCAUUCCUCAAACCAUUUAUGGAAUCAAUGUCAUCCGGUGGUCUUGCCGCAUCCGUCAAUCCAAUGGAUUCAUCCUACAGCAACAAGCAAUCCCCCUCCAAUUCAAAGUUAAGCAACUUCAUCUCUGCUCAAUCUGGUUGGAGAGCCUCCAAGAAGAAUUCUUCCAGACCACCACAAGAGCUUCGCACUAUAUCAACGUUUCAAGACUACGAUGAAGAUGACGAAAUCUUGACUCCUACUACCACAUCUCCAAAUUCUAAUCUCAAGAGAUCGUCACCUAUGUUUAAUAUUCGAUUUAAUAAUACAGAUACGAAUGGGAAGCUGAGUUACGAAGGCGAGGAACUUGGCACGUUGAGACCUGACGGAGCGAUGUCCUUUGCGCAUAUUAGACGCUCGACACCAGAUGAUGCCGCGGAAAGGAGUACGGUUGGUAGUGAUAAGAUGAUUAUUAGACGUACCACUGAAUGGGACGUGCGAGAAGACUUCGAGAGCAUUAGGGGAAGAAGGACUCAUUCUGGAGAUAGAGGCGUUGAUGAGGAGGACUAUGAGAUACACAAGGCUAGUAUGGAGAGGGGAGAUGAUAAAAAUUGGGGUGAGAGAGGUACACAUUAUGCUGGGUAG